GAGAUCACAGCGGUGCGUGGGGCUGGUUCUGUCCCAAGCGGAGAGCGCGUCCAGCGGGGGCAUUAGUGUGCAUCUGUCUCGGGCUCUAGAGUACUUUUUCCGGCGUGUUCUCUCUCGGCGUGACAGCGGUGUGUGGAGAAACAAAAUGGAGAUCGAGAAGGAAGUGAAAAAGAUGACGCUCGGACAUGAGUUCGGGGCUGGAGCUCCAUGUCUCAAAUGCAAAGACAAAUGUGAAGGCUUCGAGCUGCACUUCUGGAGGAAGAUCUGUCGUAACUGUAAGUGUGGCCUACCAGAGCAUGACGUCCAGAUGAACUCAGAGGAAGACAAGAAAGUGGGAAAACUCUUUGAGGACACAAAGUACACAGGUCUGAUCGCCAAACUGAAGCGUGAUGGUAUCCCAGGACAACAGUCCAACAUGUCCAUCACCAUUAGUGUCCCAGCCUCCUCCAUGGCCCAGAUCGUGCCCCCUUCUCUGGGUACCUCCACCCUAGUGCCCCCCUCCCAACUGCACCCAAAUGCUUCACCCUCUAGCUCCGGCUACUCCUCCAUCAGCUCCUCCACGGGCUCCAUUCCCGGGGCUGUGGCUGGUACUGGUUCUGCUGCAGGAUCAGGGUCAGGAUCAGGACCAGGUUUUGGGGCUUCAGCUGGAUCUCAGGCAGGAUUUGGGUCCAGAGGAGGUCCGGGGUCUAUUGGAGGAGCUCAACCAGGUUUUGGGGCUUCAGCAGGGUCUGGUCCAGCUUUUGGCUCUGCUGGGGGGCCAGGGUCUGUAGGAGGAUCUGGACCAGGUUUUGGGUCUGCCGUGGGUCCAGGGUCUACAUCAGGAUCUCGGACAGGUUUUGGGUCUUCAGGAGGAGCAGGGCAAGGAUUUGGUUCUUCAGGAGGUCCAGGGUCUACAGGAGGUCCAGGGUCUACAGGAGGUCCAGGUCUUGGUCCCGGAGGGGUUUCAGUAAAUCUAACCCCAGUCAGGGCGAGUGCCAUGCCGAUCUCUGUCUCUUCUUCGUCCUCCUCUGUGGAGCAGGUUCCCAAAGACACUCCCAUGAAGUCUGUCACCUUCGAGUGGGCUCCUCCUGUCGCCAACAAACACGUGGCUAUCCGAUACAUCGAGCUCCUCCCCCCCGAGAGACGCCCUAUCGCGGGUACAGCGGGCGCUGCGUACCGGAGGCAGCAGAUGGCCAAACAGCUCCCAGAACACGACCAGGAUCCAAACAAGUGCCACGAUCUGAGCCCCAAUGAAGUCAAGCAGAUGCAGCAAUACGUGAAGAAGUACAAGGACGAGGCUCUGGGGGUGGGAGAUGUGUGUCUGCCGCAAGAGGUAGCACUGGCCGCGGGUAGAGGCGAGCUGAGGGGUGGGGGUCCUGGAGGUGCUGGAUCUGGGCCAGGGUCUGGACCAGGGUCUGGACCAGGGUCUGGACCAGGGUCUGGACCAGGGUCUGGACCAGGGUCUGGACCCGGAUCAGGUCUUGGAGGAGGGAAUGUGGGGACAGCAGCCGCAGCAGGAGCAAUAGGAGCAGGAAAUCAAGCUGGAGGACAACAGAACUUUAUGUGUCAUCAGUGCCAUGGACCAAUGAGAAUGGGCGAUCCUGCUGUGUAUGCGGAGAGGGCAGGGUAUGACAAAAUGUGGCACCCAGCGUGUUUCGUGUGCGUCACCUGUCAGGAGCUGCUCGUCGACAUGAUCUACUUCUGGAAGAAAGGGAAGAUGUUCUGCGGUCGUCACUAUGGCGACAGCGAGAAGCCGCGCUGUGCUGGAUGUGACGAGUUGAUCUUCUGUAACGAGUACACUCAGGCCGAGGGGCACGACUGGCACCUCAAGCACUUCUGCUGCUUCGACUGUGACUGUGUGUUAGCCGGAGAGACGUACGUGAUGGAGAACGAGAAACCAGUGUGCAAGCCCUGCUACAUGAAGAGCUACGCCAUGAAAUGUUCUUCGUGCCAGUUGCCCAUAGAACCAGAGGCUCAGAGAGUGUCUUAUGGUUCUCACUGUUGGCACGCUGAGCCCCAGUGCUUCCAGUGCUCCGGCUGCUCCCAGUGCCUCAUGGGAAAACGCUUCAUGGCUGUUCAGAACCACCUCUUUUGCUCCGUGGAGUGCAAGAAGAAAGUCAUCACCUAAAGAGAAAUAAACAUCAAAUAAAAUGUAACGAACCCCAUUUACAGUAAGUCAGGACUAGAAUAUUUGUGUUAUGGUGACUUUAAGAUUUUCAAAUGUGUUGAGUCCUGGAAAAGGGCAGAAAUUACAGUAAUACAUUGCGUUUACAUGAUAUGACAAUAUUCUGUUGACCUGGUUUAUGGUUCAUGUUUCUGUAAUCACUGGGCCUAUCCACAUGAAACUAAAACUGGCACAAAGUUUGUCUUCUCUUCCUGCAGAAAUAAACAACAGUCAAAUUAUUCUUUCACAAUAGCUUCAUUUAGGUACAGAGCAGUGGGCAUAUCACUCAAACAUGCACAAUCACUCUAAAGACACAUUUAAACAAAGCUGAUUUUGCAUAGUAAAUUGCCUUAAAAUCUCAAGUUUGACAUUUCGUUAGUGCCUAUAUACUGUAGAAUUGGUUAAUUCUGUUUGUUUUUUUACUUUUGAAAGUCAGUCUUUUCCUCAGGUCUUUCUAUUCUGUUUUCUACUUGCAAUUCAUUUUGGAUUUUUACAGUGAUCUUUAGCUGUUUCAAUUCAUCUUUUUUAGCAUUUUUACUUUGGAGAAAAUGGAUUCAUAACUCUCAGUAUUAAAUAGAAAAUCCAAGUGCUUCCAUGUUUUUCAUAAGAUUAAAAUAAAAUGAUUGUAGUUCUUCUAAAACUGCUGUAGUGCUUAAAACAGCCAAUAAACUGCACUUUGUAACACAA